CAAUUCACAAUUAUCUCCCACACACCCUCUUCUUCGUCAUAUCAUAAGACAUAGUCCACUACAUACCUGAAAAUUCCCAUCUCAAACCGCCAUGGCUGCAACUUCUGGUGCUGUGCUUAAUGGGUUGGGUUCACCCUUCCUCCGUGGAGGUAGCAGAACUCAGACCUUGUUGGCCGGAGUCCGAGGCGGUGUCAAUGUUGUUAGCUCUCGCAAGCUUGUCGUUGUCGCUGCUGCUCAGCCUAAGAAGUCUUGGCUCCCUGCCGUUAAGGGCGGUGGCAACUUGGUCGACCCAGAAUGGCUUGAUGGCUCACUUCCAGGCGACUACGGGUUCGACCCACUGGGAUUGGGGAAGGACCCAGCAUUUCUGAAGUGGUACAGAGAGGCAGAGCUGAUCCACGGCCGGUGGGCAAUGGCAGCAGUGGUCGGAAUCUUCAUAGGACAAGCCUGGAGUGGGAUCCCAUGGUUCGAAGCUGGAGCAGAUCCAGGUGCUAUUGCUCCAUUCUCCUUCGGAUCACUGCUAGGAACUCAGCUUCUGCUAAUGGGAUGGGUUGAAAGCAAGCGAUGGGUGGAUUUCUUCAACCCAGAAUCUCAAUCGGUGGAAUGGGCGACGCCAUGGUCGAGGACGGCAGAGAAUUUCGCAAACGCAACCGGAGAACAAGGGUAUCCCGGAGGAAAAUUCUUCGAUCCAUUGGGAUUUGCAGGAACUAUUAAAGAUGGGGUUUACAUUCCAGACACAGAGAAAUUGGAGAGAUUGAAGUUGGCGGAGAUCAAACAUGCUAGGAUCGCCAUGUUAGCAAUGCUCACCUUCUACUUUGAAGCUGGACAGGGGAAGACACCAUUGGGUGCUCUUGGAUUGUAAGAAAAACAAAAAACAAAAAAAACCCAAAAAUUGUUGAUGUGAAGGUAAAAUUGUUCAUAAUUUAACAAAAAAAAAAGGGACGGAAGAUGUGUUGAUGAUUUGGAGAUAGAUUUUGAAUGGGGUUUUGUUGGAGCCUCAAAAUCAAACUUCAAAAUUGAGUGUGUGCCGUUUCCAAAGUCUCUGCACUUUGCCUUAUUGAUUCUUAGUUGCUUGAAUUGCUCAAA